AUGGCACGCAGAACGAAGACACUGGCUGAACAGCUCGCCGAGCUUGAUAAUCCUGCCCCUANNAAGGAGCCGCCACAGGACGACAGCGACGACGACGUUUCGGAUAACGACAAUGCCGCCGCAGCAAGAGAACACUACGUCGAUGUCGGCAAGAGCAAGCUACGCAAGCGCGACAUUGUGCCUCUGGGACCCAGAUAUGAAGGAGCUCGGAUCAGCAGAGAUGCUGCUACUGGAGAAGAUGAGGAUGAGGAUGACCCGUUCAGCAAGGGCUUUGACGAGGUAGACAGCGAAGAGGAGGAAGAUGUUGACGAUGCUGCCGAGAUGUCUGCUUCCGAGGGCGAAGAAGACGAUGUCAUUGAUGAGGAUGACGAUAUGCAAGACGGUGACGAGAGUCCUGCCACCGACAUGAGCGACGAAGAUGAUGAAGAGGAGGAUGACGAAGACGACGAAGCCGAAGACAAAUCAGAACUCCGCAAGAUGAUGGCCGAAGAGCAAAAGACAGUGGCAGCCAGUCUCUCGCAAGCAGCAAAGCAGGACGCCGAAAAGGGUCGCGCCGUCAAGACUCAACGCACAACCUUUGACUCUCUGCUCAACACUCGCAUCAAGCUCCAAAAGGCUUUGAUCGGUACGAAUACCCUUACUGGCGUCAUUGCAGACUCGACACCUACAGAAGAUACAGAAGAUGCUUUCCGUGCUGCGGAAACUGCUGCUNUUACGCUUUGGUCUACCCUCAACUCCCUACGCGAAACCCUCGAAUCGAAUCGAACAGGCCACAAACGCAAACACGCCGAAUACACACUGGACACACCAACAGAAGACCUCUGGUCCCACAUGCGCAGUCAAGAAGCCUCCGCCACUGGGCCCCGCGCCUCCAUCCUCGAAAAAUGGAACCAAAAAGCCAGAGGCGCUUCCGCCAUCACCCCCAAAAACAAACUCAACAACUCUUCCGCAAAUCAGAGUAUUGUCGAUGUGUUGCAAGAACAAUUACACGGCGACCGCCUCACCAAACGCGCAAGGACACCUCGUUCGUGUGCUCCUCUUCAACUCGCUGCUGCUUCCUCCACUACCUCACCUUCAACAUCCAUCUACGACGACGCAGACUUUUACGGUUUGUUGCUGCAGAGUCUUCUCGAGCAACGCAGUGCCGAUUCAAUCGCCGCCUCAGCCUCCUCCACAAUCUCCAUCAAUAGCGGCUUCCAAAUGCGCAGAGAAGCCAAAACAAAGAAAAAUGUAGAUACAAAGGCGUCAAAGGGCAGAAAGAUGAGGUAUACCGUGCACGAGAAGUUGCAGAAUUUUAUGGCGCCGGAGGAUAGAGGGAAUUGGGCCGAGAGAGCUGCAGAUGAGUUGUUUGGAAGUUUGUUUGGUGCUAGGAUGGGGUUGGGUGAGGAGGAUGAGGAGGAGGAAGAGAAAGAGGAGGACGAUGAGGAUGCAGAGGCUGGGUUGAUGAUGUUUAGAUCUUAG